GCCGCUGGGUGUGGCUCGCCACGUCGACGGCGACAUCGCGCUGCAGGCCGUGGGCACGGAGCAGCUGGUGGCCGCGUGGUUCGACAGAGCAGGGCUGGAAGUGGUGAGCCGCCUCCGCGGUCAGCACCUGCCCCUCAGUGCUGCCAAGACGUCCUGCCUCGCUCCGAGCCCCAGCCCAGGACGCCAGCUCGGGGCGCGCGGGAAGUCGCUGGGCUGGACCCUCUGCGAGACCUUGCUGGCCAGGAACUUAGGCUCGGACCCCGCCAGCACGAGGUGGGGAGCACAUGAGGGCAGAGUCCGAGCUGCAGGAGCGCUUCGCCGAGCGCGCAGGCUGGACCCGAUCCACCAGGCUGGGCCCGCGGCCAGCAGGGCGAGCGGGCGCGCGGCCACGGACAAUGCGGACGGCGAGCUGCACGGUUGGAGGCUUGCGGCCUGUCGCAGCGCAGGAGCGCUCCCCAUGGGCGCAGAGCGAGGGCUGCGCAUGCGCUGUGGCGAGCUCAGGAGGAGGCGUAACCUGGACCCUGCAGCUCGCAGGGCAGGCCGCGCAGUCCAGAUGAUGGCGGGCCUGCUGCAGGCAGGCGAGCUGCAGCCUAUGUGGAGGCGAGGCAUCGAGCACGCCGACCGCCUUGCCUUGAGGAGGGCCCAGAUGCAUGCAGUGGACAAGCUGACCGUUGGCGUGCACCAGGCGCAGGCGGGGUUCGUGCAGGAACUCGGGCGCUGGAUCUGGUGCGCCGUCAUCCUCGGGCAAGGCGUCGAGGCCAGGGACGGCGAAGGGCUCCCUCAUGCUGCCGAGCGGCGCCAGGCGCGUUUCGCUGACGCCGAGAUGUCUCAGGCAGCGGAGGGGGCCAAGGGCGAGGGGCCGUCGGCCGAGCGGCCACGGCUGGAGAGCACCCGCUCGGCAGGCAACAGCUCGGCAGCCCUCUCGGCCAGUGCAGUAGCAUGCUCCAUGUGCGGCGCCCACAUGAUGCUGGGCGGCCGCUCGGGGGUUAAGCCUCGCCUCAAGGAGCGUGGCCCAGGCGACAAGACCGACGCGGGCGGCGGGAACCAGCGCAGCCUGUGGCUACGUG